AUGGCUAGCAUUUUUAGCAACCGUCUCAAAUUGCCGCUUCAUCUUGUGGAGCUACUCUUGAUCUUUUCAGUGCUGAUCUUGUCGGUCGUACGAAUGCUGAAGCUGCCAAAGAAUGCCCCUAGGGGUCGAUCAAAUACUAUGGCACUGGGAAUGAGCGCGAAAUCCCUUAUCAUUCUGUUAUAUCAACUGUUAUCAGAACAUCUACAAGCAUUCAAAAAGUGGUCCAGCCUCAAAGCCUAUGUUAUUCUCAACGCACUUGAGAUCGUGUUCUGGGCUGCAGUCGCGUUUAUGAUGAUCCAAGCAAAUCUCAAGUUCUGCGAAGGUUUUACUUGCAUACUUACCUGGAUCGUUUGUGUUCUCGGCGUGGUCAUGAGCAUAGUCGCUUCUUACCUGACUGUCAUCACUUGGUUGGACUUCAGGCACUUCCGUGCUCAUGGAACCCACCGCGGUCGACGUUUUGAAGCCCAUCACGUCAAGAUACAGUCAACCGGCAAUUCGACCGACAACAUUGCG